ACUAGGUAGGUAGUGGAGAGGAAGAAGGAAGAGAGAGAGAGAGAGAGAGAGAGAGUAAUCAAACCGAGAUGGGAGAGUACAGUCUUCCCCGCCAGGGGCGGGCAGCAAAGAAGACGUCGUGGCGGCGGACGGUGGCGACGCAGGCGGCGCUCUGUCUGGCGCUGUACGGCGCAUUCGCCGUCGGCCGGCUGCAGAAGCCCCCCGGCCAUGGUCGAAGGGAGACGCUGGAUCUUCACUUCUUGAGCGUCGCCGGACUGCCUCGGCAUCCCCAGCUGCAGACCCAACUCCUCCUGCAGAUGGAUAAGGCAGCGAAGAUCUUCAAAGCAAAGUUUGUGCUGAAUAUUGGUGAACUUGAGGAGGAUGAUCCUUUUUGGCAUAAUGCAACUAUGUACUUCCGAUUCUUGAGGAUUCCCUGGUACACUAUUACAGUUUCGCAACGACAACGAUAUGGAAACUUCGUAAAGAGAAUUGCAUUACCACACGAACAAGUUUUAGAACUUAUUGGUAUAGAUACAGGGUCACUACAAGGAUUCAUGCAUGCGGAUAAUCAAAGCAAGAUUUCUAAUGAACAAGUGCAGUGGUUGCAAGAGACUUUAGAACUAAGCGACAGUAACUGGCGCAUUGUUGUUGGAUUCGAUCCGUUAAUGAUUUGCGAUGAGGAGCAUACAACAGAAAGAGCAAAGUUUUACGAGCCUUUACAUAGUCUCUUUAUUAGACAUGGGGUGAAUGCAUACCUGAGCACACGAGGAUGUGUCGGCUAUUUCUAUCACGACGGAACCAUCAUGCACAUUGGGAAUCCUACUCCUUCAGAUAAAAGGCGUGGAGCUUUCUUGGCAAACAAAAAUGUUAACAAUACCAGUGAAGUGUCCAAUGGCUUCCUUGUACACAGAGUUACUCCUCUAGAAAUUGGAUCCUACUUAAUUGACUCAGAGGGUAGAGUGGCUCUCAAAUCUGUUGUACAACAAAAUGGAAGAGGAGUCAUGUGAUACAGUCGCUUUGCGAUUUAGUAUUAGCAGUUUGCACCUUUGAGUGGAUCCCAUUUUGUAUCAGAAUAUCCAUUAUCAGUAGAUAAAUAAGGUGUUUAUGCUUAUGCUUAAUAAAUGCUUUGUUCAUUACCUAGUAUUUUGUAUCUUUCAUUUUUUCCUCUAUGCUGACUCUGUCAGUGUUUUACAUUUAAAUCUUGCUGCUUGUAAAAUGAUUGCCCUCUUGUUAGAUUGUGUUCUUUUUUCCUUU